AUGGGGCAGCUGGUUCAUGAGAAGGAAGCCUUCUGUCAGCUUCAGCAGAUUCUGCCAUAUACCCACAGCCUGGCUGUACUUAGGGUAGAAAUGGGGAAAAAUGAGGAUAUCAGACUUGACUCAAUAAUCUCUCUUUUUCCUUCCCAGAAGUAUACUGCCAUUGGACUACUGGGCAAAGCUACUGAUACAUUAGAUGCUACAGGAAAAGUAACUGAAGAAAAACCUUAUGACCAGAUAACAAAAGGAGAUCUUGAAAAUGUGCUGCAAAAGUUCACAGGGGACAUAAUGCAGGUUCCUCCACUCUAUUCUGCUUUGAAGAAGGAUGGAGAAAGGCUAUCAACUCUGAUGAAGAGAGGAGAAGCAGUUGAAGCAAAGCCUGCUCGGCCAGUAAGAGUGUACAGCCUCUCUCUCCAACAGUAAAAAAACACACUGGAUGUUGAAUGUGGUGGUGGCUUUUAUGUCAGAAGCCUGGUCAGUGACAUUGGCAAAGAACUCUCUACCUGUGCCACUAUGCAAGAGCUGACCCGAACGAAACACGGGCCAUUUACGCUAGAGGAGCAUGCCCUUUAUGAAGACAAAUGGACGAUUGAUGAAAUUGCACGAUCCUUAGAGCAUUGCACGUCUCUUCUCCCGGGAGAGCCAUCCCAUAAAAAAUUGAAGACAGAGCAUCCUAGUGAAACUGCUGUGAGCUGUGAAGAUAAGUGA